CUCUCUCUCUCUCUCUUCUCUCUCUGGAAUAAAAGCCCUGAAAUCUCGGUCUCAGAAACUUACUGCAACAACUCCGAAUCUUUUCUUCAAUCCUCCAUUAACACACAAUCUAUACACACAAAUAUAUAUUUAUAUUUUAAUCAAAUAUACAAGUAUUUAUUCUCGUAUAUAUUGCAAUCUGUGCUUUCCCGGUGACAAUCGUUUGACGGAGAUUUGAUUUGAUUCCUUUAAUUACAGCUUAAUUCGAUUCCUGAAAGUUGUAGUUGAAAUUUAUGAGUGUUGAAAAACUUAGGGUUACUUGGAUGCGGAUUAGUAUUAUUUAUCUUAUUAUCGUAUAAAUGCUUUUGGAAGGAGAUCUAGGGUUUGUCUACAGAGUGGUGGCUGCGGCUCUGGUGGUUCUGUUUGCCCCUGUGGGCUGGUUGGUGGUCCGCUGGAAAUGGCGGCACACAUUGUCCAGGAAGGAGGAGAUCAGGAGACUUCUGGCCUUGGCUUCCGAUGAGGCAGCUAGAGCUGAGUUUGAGGCUGCCGCUGGCUACAGCUAUGGCUCUCCCGUGAUGGCCGAGCCUGAGGAGAAGACGGCGGUUUCUAUGUCAGGAUCAUCGCCCGUGUGGCAAUCCCAGUAUCAGUGUGAAGUGUGCUUUUCCCCAACUACAACGCGCUGCAAGCAGUGUAAAGCUGUUCGUUACUGCUCUGGAAAAUGUCAAAUAAUCCAUUGGCGACAAGGUCACAAGGAUGAGUGCCGUCCGUGUAAUAUCACUCACCGGAACAUUGACGUGGGAGUCCAUUCUUGUCUUAAGGAGUUUAAGCAAGAUGAGGUUGAAAGUAGUGGCAAUGUUAUCAGGAGUCGAGGAAAGAAUCUUACAGAACCUGUUGACUUGUCUUUUGGAGAAUCUACAUUUAUAAAAUCCAGUCUUCGUGAAGUGCCUAAUGGAAAAGAUGGUACUGAAGUUGAGAAUGUUGUUGAUGAGAAACAAAAAGACGUAACUUUGAUGUCAUCAGUUCACUCACUUCCUGAUGAAUGUUCACCAUCCUCUGUUUUGGGGGAAUUGUCUGUCGCUUCAGGUGGAAAGUCAAAUGACUCUUGUAGAUAUGACAGGAAGACUACCUGCGCUAACUUGGAGAGGAGACUCUCAUUGGAGCAACCUAUUGUGUCCGGUUUUACAGAUGAUUUUGCUAUAAGUAAACCAAACCAGUUCAAGAUUAGCUCUAUUGAUUUACAUAAUUGCAGUGAAUCAUCAACUUUAUCGGGUUGGACUGGCACUGGCUCGGAAGAGCACUCACUUUCUCAACCUUCUACGCCCUCUUCUGGUUUUUGGGAGGGAUCAAUUGACCCACCUUCAUCCAAGAUUGAUUCACUUGAUGAAUGUGGUGAUGUUAACGUACCAGAUUCUAUUCCUUCUGGAUGCUUUUCUACUGCAGCUAGAAUUAAUGUUUAUCCUGUGGAAGGACCAAGUUCUGAAGCAAAUAGAAAUAUGAUCGGUGAUCCUCAUCCAGCUACAUCAUUGUCCAAAAAGUUGACAGAUGAGGCUCCAAUAUCAAAAGAAGCAAGUCCAUAUGGUCUGGAGUCUAGAAUACCACCAUUAAUCAGUUCAAAAACGUCUAAUGGCAAUGAUGUUCUGAAUAUACCCACUAAAUGUACUUCAAAGUUGAGCAUCUCAUCUAAUGCUUAUUUUGGUACUACAGCAUCCAGCUCUGAUAAAAAUUUGCCAAAUAGAGAUGUUACAAGAGAUAGUGGUUUGCAAUCGUCGACACAUGAUAUGUUAAAUAGUAGGGUUGACAACACAAGCAGUGUUUCGCAGGCUCUGAAAUUUCAUGAAGUUGAUUUUCUGACAUCUAAAGUUGCUGGAGCACAUUUCUUUUCUGGCACCAGGAAGCUUAAUGUUCCUAAAGUGCAGUCCAUGAAGAUUGACAGCACUCAUGGGGUUGAUGCUUGUUCCUCACAGUGUGGUUGCCAUUCAGAAAAUGCUAGGAUUGACUCAAAUAAAUCAGCAAGGACUUUGGACCCACUCAGAGAUUCUAAGUUGAUGUGGCAUAGCUCGUUAGGCUCUCAAAGUGAUGUUAUGGGAAGAUUCAAGGGGCUGUUUCCUUAUGACCUCUUUGUGAAUCUUUACAAUUGGAAUAAGGUUGAAUUACAUCCAUGUGGACUCAUAAAUUGUGGAAACAGCUGUUAUGCAAAUGCUGUGCUUCAAUGUUUGGCAUUCACACCACCCCUCACAGCUUAUUUUCUCCAAGGACUUCAUUCAAAAGCAUGUGGAAAAAAAGAAUGGUGCUUCACUUGUGAGUUUGAAUCUCUUGUUUCAAAGGCCAGGGAAGGUCUUUCUCCUCUCUCACCUGUUAGGAUAAUAUCUAAGUUACAGAACAUAGGAAGUCAGCUGGCGAAUGGGAGGGAAGAAGAUGCUCAUGAAUUUCUUAGAUGUGCAAUCGAAUCCAUGCAAUUUGUCUGUCUGAAGGAAUCUGGGAUCAAGGAGCCAAGCCCCUUGGAUGAAGAAACAACUCUCAUGGGGCUUACUUUUGGGGGUUACCUCCGAUCAAAGAUUGAGUGCAUGAGGUGCAGAGGCAAAUCUGAGAGGCACGACAGAAUGAUGGAUCUUACUGUUGAGAUAGGAGGAGAUAUAGGAACCCUUGAAGAGGCCAUAGAGCAAUUCACUCAUACCGAGACUUUAGACGGUGAAAAUAAGUACAACUGCAGCAGAUGUAGAUCAUAUGAGAAGGCCAAAAAGAAGUUGAGAGUACUGGAGGCCCCUAAUGUCCUCACUGUUGCUCUAAAGAGAUUUCAGGCCAACAAAUUUGGGAAGCUGAAUAAGAGAAUUAACUUUCCAGAAAUUCUGAAUAUGGCCCCGUAUAUGAGCGGGACAAGUGACAAAUCCCCAAUUUACCAGCUUUAUGGAGUAGUAGUGCACUUGGAUGUUAUGAAUGCAACGUUCACUGGUCACUACGUGUCUUACAUAAAGAAUAACCAGGGAAGGUGGUUUAAAGCUGAUGAUAGCACCGUGCAAGUGGUGGAACUUGAAACGGUUUUGACGGAAGACGCAUACAUGCUUCUCUAUGCAAGGUGUUCACCACGCGCCCCAAGACUAAUAAGGAGUUCAAUAGCUCCGCUUGAUACAAGAAAAGCAAAACAUCCAACUUGUAAGUCAAGAGCUCACUCAGCAGAUCGACGGGAUGUUUCUACGGGGGAAUUGAAUGUUCAGACCUGCAAUGACUUUCCUUGCACAAGUUUCCAGCCAAUUCGGACAAUUUUAGAAGAGGACCGUUGGAGCGAGAAUUCGUCUUUCUUCUCCGAAGUUGGUUCUUACAGUACAGACAGCACCAACCUGGAAUCAACAAGCACUGAUGACAAUUUUGAUCAAAUAUUUGGCGAUGCUGGAAUCUUUUGGAAUAGAUCAUCGAGGAAUUCCACAGAUUCUGACACAGCUUCGUCGUCAUCCUUUCCAUCUCCAUUGCAUUCAAGGCAUUCCCCAAUUGCUGAUUUUGACUGCAGCUCUUCUCGAAAUUCCGAGACAUGUUGCCCUUUUCCAGAAUCAACUGUGGAUCAUCAUGAUUUUUGGGCAGGUGACGGGAGAGGAUCUCUUUCGUGUCGUAAACAGUGUAGAAAUUUAGUCGAUAGUAGUAGUAGUAGUUGUAGGGAGCGCGGCUCCAAUAGAUUAGGACGGAAUUAUGAUAACGCUAAAUGUAGCUGUGCAUCUUGUUCAAGAAGAUCCACGAGGGAGAGAGUUGAUUGAACUUUUUGUUAUAAAAUAUAUGGUAGAGAUGGGAAUAAUGAGUGAGAACGGAGGAUGUCAGGGAGUCUGUAUGUAUGAAAUACACUUGCACUUGCUCCCGUUAUAGAGUAUCGUUUUGCCACCUGACC